GAGUUUCGCUGCUAAGAAAAUAAGAAGUCUGCGCGGUCCGGGGAAGGUUUUUGGAUCGAAAUAUCUUUUUUUCAUGCUCAAUGUGUUCCUGUCCGUGGGGGGAAGUGUUUCCCCAGGACACUUGCCAGCCUAUUGAGGGCACUUCCAAAGUCAGGGCGGAACGGAAGGAUUGCAUGUCCGGGUUUUAUGAAGGUGUCCCGGGGAAGUAGAGCACGGAGCCGCUGAAAGAGCGCGGCAAAUAAAGGCGGACAACGGGGGACUCCCUGGCUGGGUCUGCCUGAAGCAAAGGCAGCGGGGGAUACCCGGGACCAAGCAGGCUGGGGUUCGUCGCUGGUAAGCCGCGCGGUGUCCUGCCUUGACGGCGGUCGCAGAGACAUCGGACCUUUCCGUUCGAAGCAAAGGGAUUACAGAUCCUUCUCUCCCUCCUUCUAACCUAAGCGUGGGAGGAUGGGGAGAGGCUGCGCCGCGAUCAGCCUUUGCUUUUACUUUGCCUGCUGAGCCUUCGCCAGUCAGCUGUUUUACCCUUGAGAGGAGGAGGAGGAGGAGGAAGAGGGUUUUCGUUUCUGCUUUCCCUGGCCUUGAAAUUGCGAAAAAGAGGCAGAGAAAUAGGCAGAGAAGCAGACGUAGCCCGCGCUUCACCUGUUGAACUACUUGCCUGUUGCGCCCUCCUUGGACUUCGGUGUUUUAAAAGAAAACUCAUGAAGAGUUCCUGUAGUUGAUGAUUCUUUCAAAUGUGAAAAAUGGCUUAAAUCCAGCUUCAAAAUUAGUGUUUGGACAUCUUACCAUUCAAGUAGAGAUGAAAAUGUAUGACAAGUGGAAAUGUGUUCCUGAAAGAAAUUGAAUGAAAUAAGAAUCAACUUGAAUGCAGCAUGGGAAUGUUUUGUUCAAUCAUUAGAUUUGAAAAUCUCUAUGAACUGAAAAGACUAUGCCACUGGGGACCAAUCAUAGCACUUAGUGUAAUAGCAAUAUGUUCUGCUAUGGCUAUCAUUGAUGCAGUCCUGUGGUACUGGCCUUUGGAUACAACAGGAGGAAGUAUUAAUUUCAUCAUGCUCAUCAAUUGGACUAUUAUGAUCCUUUAUAACUACUUCAAUGCCAUGUUUGUUGGCCCUGGAUAUGUUCCUAUUGGAUGGAAACCAGAAAACGCUCAGGACUCCAUGUAUCUUCAAUACUGUAAAAUAUGCCAAUCUUACAAAGCACCACGUUCACAUCACUGCCGAAAAUGUAACAGGUGUGUGAUGAAGAUGGAUCACCACUGUCCAUGGAUUAAUAACUGCUGUGGAUUUCAGAAUCAUGCCUCAUUUACACUUUUUCUUCUGCUAGCCCCUCUGGGCUGUAUUCACGCUGCUUUUAUUUUUGUCAUGACCAUGUAUACGCAGCUUUAUAACAGGGUCUCCUUUGGCUGGAGUUCUGUGAAAAUUGAUAUGAGUGCAGCCAGGAGGGAUCCCCGCCCAAUAAUUCCUUUUGAGUUGUCUGCAUUUGCUGCCUCUUUAUUUGCCCUGGGACUGGCAUUAGGUACUACACUAGCGGUUGGAAUGUUGUUUGUUAUCCAGAUGAAAAUCAUUUUAAGGAAUAAAACUUCAAUAGAAUCAUGGAUUGAAGAAAAGGCCAAAGACCGCAUUCAGUAUUAUCAAACAAAAGAAGUCUUUGUAUUUCCUUAUGACCUGGGAAGCAAAUGGGAUAACUUUAAGCAAGUCUUUACAUGGUCUGGAAAUCCAGACGGAGAUGGCUUGGAAUGGCCUAUAAGAGAAGGCUGCCAUCAAUACAGUUUAACGAUUGAACAGUUAAAACAGAAAGCUGACAAGAGAGUGAGAAGUGUACGGUACCAAGCAAUCGAAGACUAUAAUGGUGCCUUUUGCCCUGUCACGAAAGGUGUAAGGACUUUCUGUACGACUCCAUGCACUGAAGAACCUAGAAUUGCCCUUCACAAGGGAGACCACAUUUUAGCCACCCGAGGACUGAAGCACUGGAUGUAUGGCGACAAAAUUACUGACCUGCCAACGAAUGAUGGGGAGAGACUCAGAGGUUGGUUCCCAAGAAAAUGUGUGGAAAAAUGCCUGUAUGAUUCUGAAUCAGAUCAGCCGUUGGAUGCAGAAAAGAAAGCAAGAUAACCCUUGUGAUAACUUGGAAAAGUUUGCUUUGGACCACUGUCCUUCUACUUGAAUAUUCUAUAUAUAUUCUUAUGUAUGGAACAUAGAUCAUAUUAUGUGUGUUUGCAAGGAUGGGAGCUUCAGUGCUAUACUACUAAUCAUCUUUUGCCAUUUUUAAAAGGGAGGAAACCAUUCCAUGGACGCUUUUUCAUAUUAAAGCUUUCACAAUAUAGAGCACAUUUGACCUGAUUUUUAAAUUUAAUUUUAUUAUAUAAUCUUAAGAAACAUAUGUGCUACAUUUUGUCUGAUGUUUAAGUACUCCUCACUUAAAAAUAUAUUCCUGUUAUUUACAUUCCUCAAAACAUUAUUCUGUUGCCAUCAUGAAAGUUGAAAGGACUAUGUGAAUGAAUGCAGCUGAGUUGACUUAGCUGAUGCUUUGGAUUUUUUUUUAAUUUUAAUAUCAUGUGAUUUUUAUUAAAAAUAAAAUAGAAAAGGUUA